AUGUAUACUACAACGCUGUUUAUUGGUGAGUAUCGACAUUACUUACGUGUUCUUACCGUGCUUGUUAUACCGCCACUGAGGGGUUUUAAACGAUUUGUUGUUACGACUUUACAUUGGAAACAGCUCUCUGAAAUGGGGAAUGACGAUGAGCUGUUUAGGAUCGGUUUCGGCAUUUGGCUUAGUUUAUGUUUUGGUAUGUGCGUCUGGUUCCUCAUCAGUUUCAUCAGAGGUAGGAGAGUUUUCAACACCAAUUUACAUGCGAUAGAGGACGGACUGAGGAGGAUGCAAGAGGAAAUUGAGGCGAAGCAGAGGGCGAACAGCAUCGGUUUUGAUGAUGAUAUGAAGGACAUUGCGGAGUUCUGCAGGAAGAUUAGCAACCAACAUUCAGAAGAGCAAGAGGAACCUGACGUCCUGGAUCACACGGAGGAUAUAAAGGUGGGUGAUGUUCAACCGGAGGAAGAAGACGAUAAAAAGAAUGUUUAGAAUGUUAUCAGAGCACUAAUUGUAUUUAUAUUUUUAAGAAUGU